GUUGCAGCCAAGUGGAGGCGGAGCCAGUGCGUCCGUAGUCCCACCCACAGACCCGGCCCCGCCGGCCCCUCCAAGCCCUCCCCCUCAGACCCCUCCCCCCCUCCUGAUCCCAAGCUGCCCCCCGCCUCCUCCCCCUCCCUGCCCCCCCCUCCAGGACGCCUCCCCCGUGCUGGGCCCGGGCCUGACAGGCAGUCUCCAGGGAUGCCCCAGCCUGCCAGGACCCCAGGAAGUGAGGAAGCCAGACAGGAAACAGAGGAGCGGGGCGAGGGUGUGACUGAGCAGGUGAAGAAGUCCACCCUGAACCCCAACGCCAAGGAGUUCAACCCCGUCAAACUCCCCAUGCCUCUGUCUAAGCCAAGCUCGGCCCCCACCCCUCCUAGACCGACCCCCCCCAGCCCCUCGGUAAUGCUGCAGCAUCCUGGAGGACAAGGCCCCAUCUACAACACCCCCUACCUCUCCUACGUGUCCCAGAUCCACUCAGUACAGCCCCCACAGAUGUACCAGUACAUGUCUACAGUCAACCAGGGCAAAUACCCCCGAGCCAAAGGCUCCGUGGUGGCCCAGCGCCCCGACCACGGGCCCUCGGCCCCCCCAAUGCUGCAGGCUGCAGCCUCAGCCGCAGGCUCCCCCCUGGUGGCCUCCCCCUUCCAACAGCCCUACCUGCAGUACAGCCCCCAGUACAGCCAGCAGCAGCUGCUGCAGAGCAUGACCCCCUACCCCGGACAGAUGUACUCCAUGCUGCAAGGGGGAGCCAGGAUGCUGAGCCAGGGUGGGGGCCACCCCCAGACCAUGGGCCCCCCAGGGGGCCCCCAGUUCCCAGUCCAGGGUGAGGGCCCCCCUGGCCCACAGCAGGGCCUCUAUGCCCCCCAGUCCUUCUCCCAUCACAGUGGGCCGGUGCACCAGCCCCAGCCCUCCAGCACCCCCACGGGCAACCAGCCUCCCCCCCAGCACACAGCCCCCAGCCCCGGGCAGAAUGCCCAGUCAGGCCCCCAGCCUCAGCCUCUGUACCACUCGGGGCCCUUGACAGCCCCCAACCCCUCCAGCAUGCCCCAGGGCCACACCUCCCCCCAGGCCUCCUACCCCCUGCAGGGCUACAGCCUCCACGGACACCAGGGCAUCCCCCACUCAUACCCCCUGGGGCAACUAGCACAGGCCCACGUACAGGGGGGCAUGCCAGGCCCCCACCAGGCCCACGGCCACCCCCAGGUGGUGAUGCUGCAGCCUCCUCCCCAGGGGCAUGGCUCUGUGCCCCAGCACCCGCAGCAGGGCCCACACCAACACUUCUACAUCCCCCAGGCCAUGCAGGUACAACACCCUUCCCCCUUCCAUCCUCCUGGAAACUAGACCACCCCAGCCCUCCUCCCCCCAGAACAAACUACCCUACGCUGGACCACCUCCCACCCCCCGGCCAUCCUGGAGGAAGAGGAGGAAGAGUUUCUGCUGCAGCUCCCUCUCUGUUCUGAGUGAGGGAAACAGAGGUGACCACGAUGAAGAGCAGAAGACCACAGACCUUCAUCCUUCCUCUCCUCCUCCUUCUCCCUCUUCUCUCCUCCUCCCUCUUCUCUCCUCCUCCCUCUUCUCUCCUCUCCUCCCUCUUCUCUCCUCCUCCCUCUCCUCCCUAUUCUUUCCUCCCUCUUCUCUCCUCCCUAUUUUCUUCUCUCCUCUCUCCUCCCUCUUCUCUCCUCCCUAUUCUCUCCUCUCUCUUCUCUCCUCUCUCCUCCCUCUUCUCUCCUACUCCCUAUUCUCUCCUCCUCCCUCUUCUCUUCUCUCCUCCUCCAUAUUCUCUCCCCCUCUUCUCCUCCCCCUCUCUCUCCCCCUCUCUGUGCAGGACAGGAGAAGCGUCUGGGGAUAAUGAUCUCUGUGAGAAGGAUUCAGACGUUGGAGGAGGAGGGACACUUUGUCUUAAACACGUCCCGCUUUGCCUCCUGUUUCUUCAUGUUCCGGGAGCGAGGAGAGCUAGAUCUCUGGCACAGAUCAGGGAGGGGCUUUUUAAACGAAAAAUUUGAUCUGUUUUUGUUUUUGUUUUUUAAGCUGUGUUCAGUACUGAAACUCCCCAUCCCUUCCCCACUUCUUCUCUCAUAGGGAAAUACAAAUAAUAAAAAAAAAUAAAGGAAAAUACAAAAAAACUAUUAAAACAACAAUGACCAAAAAAUAAAGUUUUAAACUUAACUACAGAAA